AUGCGUGUUCAAUCUGCUAUCCGCGCAUUGCCUCGUCUGGCGAGUCAAGCAUCGCAGCGAGCAAGAGUCACCGGCACUCGACGAACAUACACAUCCUACUCUACCCCUCUGUCUGGCUUGACGCCCGAACAAGAGGAGCUUCGCAGUGCCGUGUCCACCUUUGCGCAAAAGGAGAUCGCACCAUUAGCUGGUCGCAUAGAUGCGGAGAAUGUGGUGCCGAAAGAGCUGGACGUGUGGAAGAGGUUUGGAGAGAUGGGCUUGAAUGGCGUCACUUGCGAGGAGAGGUGGGGAGGUCUGGGAUUGGGCUACCUCGAUCACACCGUCGUCAUGGAAGAAAUUUCGAGAGCAUCAGGAUCGGUGGGAUUGUCGUACGGAGCGCACUCUAACCUCUGCAUCAAUCAGAUACACCGACACGGAACUGAAGAGCAAAAGGAAAAGUAUCUUCCAGAUCUGAUCAGCGGCAACAAGGUCGGAUCGCUAGCCAUGAGCGAGCCAGAGAGCGGCAGCGAUGUGGUCAGCAUGAGGACCAAGGCUGCCAAAAACAAGGAUGGAGAUUGGAUCCUCAAUGGCGGCAAGUUUUGGAUCACCAACGGUCCGAUCUCGAGCACCUUUGUGAUUUAUGCAAAGACGAGGCCCGAAGCUGGGCCAAAGGGCAUCACUGCGUUCAUCGUGGAUCGCUCCACGCCCGGCUUCACCACGUCCCAAAAGCUGGACAAGGUUGGAAUGCGCGGAUCAGAGACGUGCGAAUUGACGUUCGAAGAUGUGCUGGUGCCGAGUGCCAACGUGUUGGGUCAAGUGGAUGGAGGCGUCAAGGUGCUCAUGUCUGGACUGGAUCUGGAAAGGCUGGUGCUGUCAGGCGGACCUCUGGGCCUGAUGCAGAGCGCCAUCGACUUUGCGCUGGAGUACACGCAUCAGAGGAAGCAGUUUGGCAAGCGGGUAGCCGAAUUCGAUCUGAUGAGGGGAAAGCUGGCAGACAUGUACACGGGCUUGGCAUCAGCUCGAGCGCUGGUGUACGCCGUAGGAAGAGCUUGCGAUGCGGGUCAAGUGUCGCGCCGGGACUGUGCGACUGCCAUUCUGUAUUCCAGCGAAAAGGCGGUGGAUGUGACGAUGGAGGCGAUGCAAGCGCUGGGAGGCAAUGGGUACAUCAACGAUUAUCCCACCGGACGCUUGCUGAGGGAUGCUAGGCUCUACACUGUUGGCGCUGGAACGCAAGAGAUCAGGAGGAUGCUCAUUGGCAGGACUUUCAAUGAGGAUUUCGACAAGCUGUGA